ACUCUUCGGGAUCCUACCAGUGCCCACGAGAAGGCCACGGACAGAACAGAGACUAGUUUCCGUGAGAGGGGACAGAUUAUGGGAAACAUCAUGACCUGCUGUCUACCGCACCCCCAGGAUGAGCAGAGCCCCCAGCGGAGCACCUCGGGGUACCCCCUCCAGGAGGUGGUGGAUGAUAAAGUGUCGGGACCAUCAGCCCCUGGGGUAGAUCACAGCCCCCCAGGUAGGUCCUUUUGCCAGAAAAGGAAGAAGGAGUGGUCGGACGAAUCUGAGGAGUCGUCGGAGGAGCCACAGAAGGAGCUCAAGCGACAGCGAGUGUUGCUCGUGCUCCCUGAGCACCACGAGGCCUUCAACAGGCUGCUUGAGGAUCCUGUCAUUAAAAGAUUCCUUGCUUGGGACAAAGAUCUGAGGGUGUCAGACAAGUACCUCCUGGCUAUGGUCAUAGCGUAUUUUAGGCGGGCCGGCCUCCUCUCCUGGCAAUACCAACGCAUUCAUUUCUUCCUGGCUCUCUACCUGGCCAAUGACAUGGAGGAGGACGACGAGGCCCCCAAACAAAACAUCUUCUACUUCCUGUAUGGGAAUACCCGCUCUCACAUACCCUUGUUCCAUAAGCGUCAGUUCCAGUUACGCCGUUCCACGAACUGGAGGGCCAGGGAGAUCCGCUCUCAGAUAGCCUUGUUCCACAAGCUUCGGUUCCAGUUCUUCUGUUCCAUGCGCUGCAGGGCUUGGGUUUCCCCGGAGGAGUUGGAAGAGGUGGGUGGGGCCUUGGGAGGUGGAGGAGGUGGGGAGGAAUCGGGUGCGCUGGAGGCUGGACGAGGGGAG